UUUUAAGGUUAGCGAAUCAAAAUCCCUAGGCGAGAAUGUUGGUUGGGACGUAUGUUGAGAGCCCAAUGGAGCCAAGAAGCAUUUGAACAUGCAAACAGAAGAGAGCAGCGUGAUUGAAGAGAUCGACUGCGGCCUGGUCCUGGAUGCCGUCAACAAGGUGCUAAUGCGUCGCGCGUACUUUCGUGAGAAGCAGCGGUCCCACCGACGACGAGAGCGUGACGACAUCCAUCAACUCCGAAAGCAGGCCGAGGAGCUGGAAACACAAGCCCAACGGCUGCGUCUACGCGUCAAUCCCAGGCGGAUGCAAAGCCGACAACCGCCUGAAGACAGCGACGGCGGGUUGUCUUGGCAUGCCAUUGCCGCUAUGUUUCGCCACGAAACUCGCUUGACGUUGGCCGAGAAUGCAGACCUGGUCAAGACGCUGCGAAGCCACUGCAGCCUUCUUACACGCAUGCAGCUGUGGGUGGCCCAUAACGACAAAGUCCCAUCGACACCACCAACGAGCAUUCGAUGGGAGAAAGUGAUGCUCAGCGACGACCCCGCGAUUCGAAAACUGACCAAGGAAUGGGCCACGCAGCAAAUGUACCACAACACGGCGGCCGCGUUUCAAGCGUUUCCCACGUCGUUCGACAGCAACGAGUUUUCGGUCUGUGACCUCACGGUUAGCGACUUGUGGGUCAACUUUGUCGACUACUCUCAAUACGUGUGGCACGCGCCCAUGGAGGUGGCGGCGUACGUGCUACGGUAUCACCUGCACGAGCUGUUGUCGACAAGAGACAUGUCGUCGGUAAAUCGCCAUACAGUUAGUUUAUUUAAACAACGAUACAAUAAACACAGGUGGGGGUAUCGUUGGAGUGGACCGAGAACACGGUCCUUGUGCAAGCCAAGCUGCCGGACGGCGACUCCGCCGCGGUGGUCGUCGCGCACUUCCACGAGGCCGGCCGGUGUGUCGUGGUCAUGCGGCAGCUCCAAAGCCGCGACAUCUUGCGCGACGACGACGGAGUACCUGUUCGGGACGGCCAGUCGUUGGUGUGGUAUGUCCUGUAUAUAUAUAUAUAUAUAUAACGUAUACUCAGCAUGUCCACAUGGAAUGAAUGACAGCUGUGAGAGAUUGUCAUCGUGAAAUGUAUUAGGUUUGACCUGCGUCGGGCGGACGACGGGCGCACGAUCGGUCGGGUGAAAACCCUGAGCGCGAUGCAUUUAAAGACGUCGGGUGAGGGUAGCAUGGAGGCCGUCGCGAUGAAAAUGGGGCUGGACUUGACCGACGUGCCCCUUCCCGACAGAGACGAAACCUUUCGUAAGUUUUGCAUGACCAAGUCCAAAGAGUCGGAAGUGCAGAUCCGGUCGCUCAUUCGAUCCGUGUUGGAACGGGUUCAAACCGAGCUGACUGUGGGCUCGUAAAUCAAAAUGAACUCGAGGGGGUAGUUGCAUAAUGUGGCGGUAACAAUGUUCGUCAGUGGCAGAGGUACUGUAGCCACAGGACCAUGGAAAAGAGCAUCAGUACAGUACAGUACCUAUCUUAAGUACUUGUAGUACUCCGGAGUAGUACGUACUAUACUACUCCACGACCUUCA